AUUCUCGUAGUUGACUAGUAUCAAGUAAAGCAGAGUGGGGUCUAGUUGGGUGUUGGUGUUGGGUAGGAAAGCAACAGAGAGCAAAGAGCUGAACCUUAGCAGCAGUAAUCAGCAGCAGUAUUGGUCUCUCUGUUGGUUGAUUUGCCAGAGUUUCAUUUCGUAACGGGAGAGUUGGGUGUGAACGUUUAUACACAUUCUAAGUUCCCUAUUUUUAUUAUUAAUAUUAUAAUAAUAAUUGUUAGUUUAUUGUUGUUGUUAUCACGAUUAUUUUAAAAGUAAAAUAGUUAAAACGUGAGUGAUUAUUAUUUUUUUAGUUUCGUUGUUAUCAAAGUAAACGACAAGACGAGAAGUAGUAAAAGGUGAGUGAGUAUCAGCGGCAAUAAAAAUUAAAAAGAGAAAUAUUUAAAAAAAAAAAUAGUGGCUGUGCUGUGAAAUCAGUGUGAGCGGUUUGCUAGCACACGCAUCGGUCACGGUAUUGGAAUAGGAGAAACGAGAAAACUUAAUCAAGAUUUAAAAAUAUUACAACAGUACCGACAGCAAUAACAAUAAUAAUAAAAAUAAUAAUUAAAAAUCUCAAAUACGCUGGAGAGAUAAUUUCUCGCUGUAAAUUAUGUGGGAUUCUGUCGCAGGAUUACAAUCAGCCACACGUCUAGUCAGCUGACAUAUUGCGCCCUGCUACACCACAGUAGCCUUCGGUAAACGUAAAGUGACAGCCAGUUGUGGACAAACGAUUGACGCACGAAAUACCAUAAAAAUUUAAACAAACCGAGGAUACUGCAAUUUAAUAAAAUAAAACAAUAAGCGAGAUAAAAUAAUAAAUAAAUAGAGACUAUUAUCUAAAUCAACAAGUUGAGAGUUGAGUUAAUAAACGUAAUAAAUAAAUAAAUAAAUAAAAAUGGAGCGUGAGUCAAACCCGAUGCAGGCAUUGUGUCGCAGCGGCUGUGGAUUCUAUGGCUCACCAGCCACCGAUGGCCUUUGCUCUCUCUGCUUCAAAGAGAACCUCAAGAAGAAACAACAACCCCCUGUCUCUGCGGCAACUGUCUCAGCCUCACAAACGGUAUCCGGCAACUCCGGGUCGCUGCAGAGUUUCAGUAGUCCAGCAUCUGCGGGUACCACUGCCCAGCCUACCAUUCCCACAAUUCCACAGUCCACGACAGAUUUGUCAAGUCCCAAAGAGGUAAAUAGGGACGAACAGGAAGCUGAAGGUGGAGUAAGUGGCGGGGCAGCUGAAGGUUCGGUCAGCAGUGGCGACACGGAUGACUGCUUUGAUGGAAAAGAGACUGACAAAGAAUUCAAAAAGAAGAAAAAUCGUUGUGUUGUAUGCCGCAAGAAAGUUGGCUUAACUGGAUUUGAAUGCCGCUGUGGUGGAUUAUUCUGCUCUGUGCAUCGAUACAGUGACAAACACGAUUGCAAGUUCGAUUAUAGAGAAAUGGGUGCCCAAGAAAUUCGGCGUAACAAUCCAGUUGUUGUUGGUGAAAAAGUGCAAAAAAUUUGAACUAUUUUAGUGUGUAGUCGUUGGGAAAAUGGUUAUAACUAUAUAAACAAAACAAAAUAUUAUAAUAAUUAAAUAAAAAAAAAAAAAUACAAAAAAAUACAAAAAAAAAAUUAUAAAAAAAAUAAAAAGAAAAAAAAAUUAAAAUUAAGCAUGAAAAUAACGAGAUAAAUUAUCUGGCAGCUGAUUGCACACUGGGAAUGGGAUAUGAUUAAUAAUAAUAAUUAAUAAAAAAUUAAUACAUGAAAUGUAUGAAUGCACAAGUGAUUGAUUGUAAAGGUUUGCUGGGAGAAUGUCAUUUUAAAAAAUGGUUAUGAUUAUUAUAAAUAAAUAAUAAUAACAACAAUUAAAAAAA